AAAUAAAGCAAUUUUGUUAAAAAAAAUAAAAAAAUAAAUAAAAAAUAAAUAAAAAGAUUUACCUGUUUACGAUUGAACCGCAGGACACGAUUCCAUUCCUUAUGUACUUUGGCUUUAUUUCGUUCAUUCGUUCGUUAUAGUAUACUCAUCUGUCACUUAGUCAAGUAUUGAUUUAUAAUAGUAAGCAGUGUAAAUAAUAGUAUCAGAGAAUAUUUUAUAUAAUUGAAAAAAUGGCUGCGAAUCCUGGUCUUCAAUCAAUAUCAGAUCUUACUGCUUCAACCCGCUUAACUACAGGGGAUAUACCACCACCUCUUGUAGGUUCUUCAACAACCGUUAUAAGUACCCGGCUUUAUUUAUUCGCAGGACGACUUGUGUCUUCUCGACGCAUGACAAAUGAACUAUAUGAACUUGAUUUAGAAACAUUUGUAUGGACAAAAUUUCAGGAUACUGAACAAAAAGCACCAAAAGCUAGAUAUUUUCAUUCUGCAAAUCAAUAUAAAAAUUCAAUCGUAUUUUUUGGCGGAAUGGGAUAUUCAAGAACUUCAAAUGAUGGUUUAUGUGUGUUAGAUGAUGUUUCUAUCUUUGAUUUAGACACAUAUACUUGGAAACAUCCUGAAAUAACACCUUCAUCUUUUUCCCCACGACCAAGAUAUGCACAUUUAGCCGCAGUGACUGCAAAUAAGUUGGUAGUGGUAGGUGGUCAAGACAUGUCCAACUCAUAUAUAGAAGAAAUUAAUGUGUUGGAUUUGGAUGAAUUGACAUGGACCUCAUCAAGACCUUUUGAGAAGCAUUGUGGGGCAUAUCGUUCAGUUGCAGUUAGUAGUACUAGUCAUACUAAUUUACCUUUAUAUGGUAAUAAUGUUAAUGAUAACGCUUCAAUCACUUCGUCGUUUGAUUCUACUUCUUCAUCAUCGGACACAAAUGUUCCUGCACCAUUGAGAAAAUCAACUUCUCAGCAGGCGUUAUCUAGUACAAACAACACUGUUUCUAAUGUUAUUCGUAAACCACCAUCUGUUGGAGCCUUUGGUCGUCCAGAAUCUUUACGCAGAACUCCUUCAGGAGGUCAAAAUAUUGUACGUUCACGUUCCAUAAAAAGGGUACAAUCGUCAAGCAAUUCAUACUAUCGGCUUUCAUAUACAACUAGUGUCACUGAAGAAAAUCCGAAUCCUAUUUAUUUAUACUCUAAUUAUAAUUUCACGGAUGUUAAACGUGAACUUCAAGUUAUUGCACCACCUACAACGUCGAAUUAUCAAAUUAUGGAUCAUUCUUCAAAUAUGACAGGUGCAUUUUUACCUCCAGGUCUUCGUUUCCCAACUGGAGCGAUUCUUGGACAUCAUCUUAUUAUAUCAGGAACUUAUUUAACAAAUACAAGUCAAACUUUUAGUAUAUGGGCAUUAAACCUUGCGAAUUUGGUUUGGACACGAAUUGAUACUGGUUCAUGUUUCUCACAAGGUUCGUGGAAUAGGGGCAUACUAUGUGAGGAGACUAACAGAUAUUUUGUACUUGGUCAUCGCGAUAGGUCACUCGUUGAUGAUUAUAAUCAUCGACAAACAAAUUUUGACCAUGUGACUGUUGUAGACUUGGAAGCAUUUGGAGUUUAUCAACCACCUCCUGCUACAAUGUCUACAAAUGCACAAGAAUUAGGAUUGGCAUUAUUAAAUGAUUCUAAUAUAGCAGAUUUUGAAAUUGUGACGCAAGAUGAUCGGAGAAUACCCGUUAAUUCACAAAUAUUAUCGCAAAGAUGGCCUCAUUUUAAGGCGUUAGUUAAUCAACAGGCUGAAAGAGUACCUAAACCAAAAUAUGAUGAAGAGACGAUAAAAAAUCCUGAAGAUGAAGAAACUAUAUUGAUGUAUAAUAAUAGAGCUUUAGAAUUUCCUGAGCCUUAUCCUGUCACAUUAGCAUUUUUACAAUAUUUGUAUACCGAUCAUCUUCUUACAUCACAACAGCAUCAGCCUCAAAUAUUAGCACAACUUUUACUGCUAGCAGAUAUGUACGAUUUAGACCGUCUACGACAAUUGACAUCGCAUUCAUUACAUCAGUCUUUAAGUAUGUCCACAGCUGCAUUAAUAUAUGAAACAGCUGCACUUUCACGUCAAACAGGUUUACAGAUUCGUGCUCUUAAAGUUAUGAUUGCCGCCAAGAAAAUGCUUCAGCAGCAGCAGCAGCAGCAGCAACAACAACAACAACAACAACGAGAGUCACGAGUUCCUCCUCAAAUAGGAGAUGGUGAUAUUUUGUCCUCAAGUUGGGCAAAUCCCGCAAGUCCUCCUUUAUCAGCAGCUAUAGCAUCUGAUACGAGAGCAUCUUAUUAUGAUCCAUAUUCAACAGCAAUGAAUUUAACAUCACAAUCACCACUAUCUUCACCUAUUCAGAAAAGAACUCGAUCAUCUUCAUCUGUAUCAGCUUAUAAUAGUUCAAUAUCUAGUCGUGGAUAUUUACCAACCAUACAAGAUAGUAUAACACAGAAUGAUGUUAUAUCUGAAGAAAGGAUAAAUUCGUCAAUAUCGACUCGAAGUUUGCGACCUACUAGAUCAAAUAGUUCAUUGUCUACAUCAACAAGAUCUUCUAACAGAAGUUAUGCAGCGAGUACAACUACAUUUGGUAGUAAUAAUGUACCAAUACAUCAACAACCGGUGUCACCAGAAAAUCGAGUAUAUCAACAGGAAUCUGGAUUUGGUUAUGCAAGUGGUGGAUUAUAGCAAAGAUUUUAAUAAAUAUUGUAAGGCAGGAAAAGAUGAAAAAUAAUGAAGUCAAGAUUUUAUUAAAUGAAGGGUUCAGAAAAUAUGCUGGUAAUCAAAACUAUUUAGCUUAUAUUAACAUUGUCAAUAGGUACAUACAAAAAUUACAAAAAUUCAAACAGAAUGUAAUAUUGACGAUGUAUGAUUAAUAAUUAAUGUUAGGAAGAAGAAAAAGUUUUAGUAGGGAUAAAAAAAAAAUUAAUUUUUAUUGGAUCUAUUAUUUAUUUAUUUAUUUAUUUUGAUUAAUAUUUAUUAUUGUUAUAUAUAUUGUAUUGUAUUUUUUUUACCUUUUUUUUUUGAAAAUUGGAAUUUUAUUAAAAAAGUAGAUUUUCAUCAUAUA